UGUUGUUGCUUUGGUUCAUUCUCAGAAAACCCCCGAGGCAUGAUUACCGUUCGACCAGGUCUACCAAAGGAUCUCCCGGCCGUGCUCGGCUUGAUCAAUGAGCUCGCCGUGUUUGAACGCUGUGGCAAGGAGGUCGAGACGACCGUCGAGCAGAUGCACCGCGAUGCGUUUGAACGCCCCGAGCCGGUGUUUCGCUUUUUCGUCGCGAUCGACACGAGCGCCGCUUCCGCGACAGCUGGAUCCAACGCACCGCAGCAAGCGUCGUCGUCGGCGGCGGAGGACGGGACGGUGGUCGGAACGGCCAUCUACUUUUACACAUACUCUACCUGGAAGGGUCGGUGCCUGUACCUCGAGGAUCUCGUCAUCACCGAGUCGCGCCGGCGUCAGGGCAUUGGCCGCCACUUGUUUGAUGCCGUGAUGGCCCAGGCCAAGCAGGACGACGUUGCGCGCGUCAUGUGGCAAGUCCUCGACUGGAACGAGCCCGCCAUCUGCUUUUACAAGUCGCUGAGCGCGGAUCUCGACAGCACCUGGGUGAACUGCCGGCUGGUGCGCGAUCAAAUCCAGAGUUACAAGCCAACGGCUCGGCCUCAGCCACAGUAGCACAGCUCGCUCGAAAGGGGUGGCACUUUUUAGUUGAGGGACGUAUUCUACAGUAGCCGCAGUGAUGACCCGUUCGCCGUCGUUUUGUACUGUGCUCUCCUUUGAAUAAUAGCUCGCUCUUUUGGAAGUUCGCUUGAUGCUGCA